AUGGCCGAGUAUUGGCUGGAGGCCACCGAGAGGAUCAUGAAUGAUUUAGACUAUACUUCCGAGCAGAAACUGAAGGGUGCAAUCUCUUUCCUUCGUGACGAGGCAUAUCAGUGGUGGUUAAUAGUUGAGAAGGGUACUCAACCUGAUCAUCUGAACUGGGAUAUCUUUAAGUCUACUUUCCAGGGAAAAUAUAUGGGGGCUAGCUAUAUAGAUGCUCGCAGGCAUGAGUUUAUGAAUCUCAUGCAAGGUGAUAGAUCUGUGGCUGAGUAUGAGGCCAAAUUUCUGAGGUUGAGCUACUACACUCGAGGCAUACUGGCAUCUGAGUAUGAUAAAUGUAUUUGUUUUAAGGACGAUCUGAAAGAUAGUUUGAGGGUUCUAAUUGCUCCACAAAGGGAGUGUGAGUUUACAGUUCUGGUUUAUAAGGCAAAGAUUGCCGAAGAGAGGCCUAAGAAAAAGGCCAAACCUGAUGGGUCGGUUAGAGUGGGGGCUUCUAUUGCUCCUACUGGGAUUCAACCGCGUGGAGAUUGUGGUAGGUGCCAUCUAGGUGAGUGUUUGAGGUGGUUAAGGGCUUGUCUAAGGUGUGGGUCUUUGGAGCAUCGUAUUAGAGAGUGUCCACAGUGGGUAGAUCAGAUGCAAGCUUUGGGAUCUGGUAUUGUACAACCUCAGAGGGCAGUUCAGCAGCCACCUAAAGGCCAUGGACCGGCUAGAGGUGGAAAUGGUAUAGGCCCAGGAUGGAUAGCACCGGGUAGAGGUGCUGGUCAGACUGAUGUGAGGCAGCCUGUGUUGGUUUAUGCUACUUGA